AUGGCAGAAAUCUAUCCUUCAAUUGCACAAUGUGCAGUUGUAGCUACAGCAUUUAAGAUAUUGUUGUUUCCCGCCUACAAAUCUACAGACUUCGAGGUUCAUAGAAAUUGGUUGGCGAUUACGAAUGGUUUACCUCUGAAUGAAUGGUAUAUUGAGAAGACUUCAGAAUGGACUCUCGAUUAUCCGCCCUUUUUCGCAUAUUUCGAAUUGUUCCUCUCCAAGUUUGCGGAAUGGAUUGAUCCAUUGAUGUUGGGGGUAAAGAAUUUGGAAUAUGAGAGUUGGCAGACCAUUUACUUCCAACGCGCAAGUGUUAUUGCUACGGAGCUGGUUCUGGUAUAUGCGCUUCAUCUUUUCGUGAAGACUGCUCCCGCCAAUUUAAAACGUCCUUCACAAGCAGCGGCUCUUUCGAUUCUACUUUCGCCCGGUUUAUUAAUCAUCGAUCAUAUACACUUCCAAUAUAAUGGCUUCAUGUAUGGUCUCCUCAUAUUAUCCUUAGUCAUGGCUAGAAAUGAGGGAACCAGGCUAGGAAGUGGUAUACUGUUCGCAAUAUUGCUUUGCCUCAAGCACAUAUAUCUUUAUCUUGCGCCAGCGUAUUUUGUCUUUUUGUUAUCAGGAUACUGUCUUGGGCCCAAGUUUGGACCCAAGCGUCCGUUUGAUAUCAGGUUUGGGAAUGCUAUCAAGUUAGGAGUUGGUGUGGCGGCAGUAUUUGGAGCUGCAUUUGGGCCGUUUGUAUAUUUUGACCAAAUGCCUCAGAUUAUCGGUAGACUUUUUCCAUUCGGGAGGGGUCUUUGUCAUGCCUACUGGGCUCCAAAUGUUUGGGCUAUGUAUUCCUUCACCGAUCGAGUGUUGAUUUUCGUCGCUCCUAGAUUAGGCCUCGCUGUUGAUACAGCGGCUGUCAAUAGUGUGACCCGUGGUCUCGUUGGAAAUACGUCAUUUGCCGUGUUGCCCGAAAUCACCAAAGGAAUGACUUUCGCUUUGACAGCCAUCUUCGAUUUCAUUCCACUGUCCAAACUCUACCAGAGCCCUACGUGGGACAACUUCAUUGGGAGUGUAACACUUUGUGCUUAUUCCUCAUUUCUUUUCAGCUGGCACGUCCACGAAAAGGCAAUUCUUCUGGUCAUUAUACCAUUCAGCCUGAUUGCCCUGAAAGAUCGUCGAUUCCUGGGGGCAUUUCGACCAUUGGCUGUGGCUGGUCAUGUCUCCUUGUUCCCUUUGCUUUUCACGGCUGCGGAAUUCCCUAUUAAAAUCGUGUACACCAUUUUCUGGCUUGUUUUGUUCCUUCUGGCUUUUGACCGUUUGGCACCGGCGUCAAAAUCGAGAAUAUUCUUGCUUGAUCGGUUUAGCACACUCUACAUCGCACAAUUGGAGUUAUGGGAAGCUGGAUAG